ACUGAUGCGGCCUGCAGUCAAUGAGACUCGGAUGCAUAUAUGAAUGGGCGCUACAAUUACAGAUCUAAUAGCUCAAUGUUACAGUUUUUGCGAGAUCUAUAUUUCCGUCGGCACCGAUGUUUUCACUCGUAAUCUUGCUCUCAUUCCUGGCUGUUUCGGCUGAUGCGGAUUUUUUCCAAUUCGACAGCAUUUCAAAUGUUUCUACCUAUUAUUUCAAUUACAUCUAUUGCAAUAUUUGGGAAGGGGACUGUCAACCACACCAGGAUGAUGCGACCCAACAAGUGCCUACUGGAGACAUUUGGUCAGGGUUUCCCCAAUACUACACUGGCAUGCUGACUGCAUGGUACUGCAGCCUGGGUCAGUGCUGUGAUUCAGGAGACUGUAGGAUUACAAAUAACAUCACAGGACUGGAAAGAGAUCUACAGGUGAAGCUCCAUGGGCAACACCUGGCCCAGUCUGUGGUUCUGAAAGCCAUUCAGGGUUUCAUCAAAAACCCUGAGUCCAACAAACCACUGACUCUGUCCUUUCACGGCUGGUCUGGGACAGGCAAGAACUUUGUGGCCCGUAUAGUAGCGGACAACCUGUACCGGGACGGUAUAAAGAGCGAAUGCGUGCGUUUGUUCAUUGCCCCAUUCCACUUCCCUCAUGCGAGAUUGGUGGACGUGUACAAGGGCCAGCUGAGAGAAGCCAUUCGAGACAUGGUUCUGCGAUGCCCACAGACUCUUUUUAUCUUUGAUGAGGCAGAAAAGCUUCAUCCGGGACUCAUCGAUGCCAUAAAGCCCUACAUGGACCACUAUGAUAAUGUGGAUGGGGUCAGCUAUAGAAGAGCCAUAUUUCUGUUCCUAAGCAAUAUCGGUGGUGGUGCCAUCAAUGAGGUGGCAUUGGAUUUCUGGCACUCGGGACAGAAUAGGGAAGAUAUCGGCAUGGAAGACUUGGAACAUCUUUUGCGUGCUGAAGCCAUGGAGGCAGAAGGAGGUUUUGCACAGAGUGAGCUGAUGUCAGGCCAUCUGAUUGACUUCUUUGUACCUUUCUUGCCACUGGAGUACCGGCAUGUGAAACUGUGUGCACGUGAUGCGUAUGCAGCUCGUGGCCUUCAGCCGGAUGAGGGAACGCUAGAUGAAGUGGCCAAAGCCAUGCUGUACGUUCCUAAGGAGGAGAAACUCUUCUCUGCACAAGGCUGCAAAUCCAUUCCUCAAAGGAUCAAUUUCUUUCUACCAUAACGGAGCCAGCAUAAGACCACUGACAUUAAAAGAACACAGAGUAUACUUGAAUGAAGCAGAAAUGACUGCUGAUAUCUGAAAUGCAAAUUAUACAACACUGACAAUGCAGAAAACACUCAUAUGUUACACUCUAA